UGCCAAACAUCUAACCACAAGGACCUAGUGCGAGACGCAAUAUGAUCCAAAAUAGGUCUAAGACGAAGGUCUUCAGAGCCAGACUUGGCGAGUCGAUUUAUAGUUUAUCAAAUGAAUUCCACCUCACCGACCCAAACAUUCACAUGAUGCAGCCCAGCUACAACAUGCUGCACGAUGUGCACACUCGCAAGUACUUUCAGCGGAAGGAUGUGCGAAGCAGGUUACAGAAGGAUGACUUCAUUACAGAAGACAACGAGGUGACAUGCACUCUAAAGGAGUACAGAUUACAUCAGAUGUACCUUGAAACCCUCAAGCGUGCCUCGGACCAAACCAUGAAUGAGAUACAGAGGGACCAGCUGCGGAAGUUCCUCAUGUGCCAGGAGGAGGGGCGGGUUCCCAGCGACGUCACCCUUUCCGAGAUGAGGGAGAUUCUACUGGAGGAGGAGGUGCAGGGCCUGCGGCAGCAGCUCCAGGCCAAUUCGGACUGGGGGAAAAUGACUAAGAGGCUGCCAGAAAGAGAGCAAGAAUAUUUCAAGGAGAUGAACCUGCUGAACUGGAAGGCGGAGGAGCGUGCACGGCUCAGGAGGAUCGAGAAUGAAGUCCGGCAUGAGUGGAACAGGGAGAGGCUCCUUAAAGAGGCCCAGGAAAGGAGAACACAGAAGAAAAUCGCAAUGCUGGUACGCAAAAGCGCCAACCAGAACAAGAAGCUGCUGGAAAAUAUAAAAACCUCAGAGGAUGUGGCAAAGCAAGAGCUGAUCAAAAACAAGCCCACUCAACAGAAGGCUGUGGGAGAACCGUCAGCUACUGAGAUCACGCAAGCUGCAGCCAGUCCUGUAGCCAAGCCCAGAAAGCAAUGGGCGUAUCGGUCUGGGAACAACUGA